AGAAUCUGUAAACCUGUCAUAACAAAAGGAAAACUCAGGUUAUAAAACAUUCUAUUAAUUUAUGAAUUCAAUUUCCUUAUAAUAUGUGAUACGCAUUGUUGAUAUGACAAGGAAGUAACAAUUAUUGAAAUGUCUUCGGCUGCCCAAUUAGUGCAAAACGCUGUGGAAGCAGCCAGAAAAGCUGUGCAAUUCGAUCAAAGCGAAAAAUAUGAACCUGCUAUUUAUUUUUAUGAAACUGCUACCAGGUUAUUGGACCAAGCAGCCUCGCUUAGCAGUCCCGAAAAGAGUCCAUCUUUGAAGGAAAAAUCUGAGGAAUAUAAACGUAGAGCAGAAGAAUUGCAGGAAAUGAAAUUACCUAAAAAUACACUAGUUCAAAAUGACGAUGAAAAUACAUUGAAAAUUAAGAGAGGAUACUUUUUACUUCAACAAGCUAUAGAUGAAGAUGAAAGUGGCGAUAGAGAAGAUGCUAUUGAGUUAUACACGAAAGCUAUAGAGUACAUUACUCAGAACCCUACUUUAAUGCAAAGUGAUCUGAAAGAUCUGGCUUUGAGUGCUUUAGAAAGAGCUGAAAAUUUGAAAGGAAUAACAAGAACAUCUCCAUUGAUACCAAGUAUAUCGAAUGAACGUCAAUCUAUCCAAACACCAACAAAUUCAAACUAUCUCAGGCAAAAUCUACAUAGAGGAACCUCCGUCCAUCUUCAAGUAACUGGAAAUGAAACAUAUACAGAAGAAGAAAAAAAAGUGCUGUUAACCACUUCUAAGAUAAACAAACACGAUUAUGUACCAUUUAUGAGUAUAGAUUUGAAAGAAAGAUUUCAAUAUUCUAUUCCAUUUUCAGAUAAAGAUGGAUACCUUGCAUUGUCUCCUAAACAAAAACGAGAAUUUGCCACAUGGAUUAGACCAUCUGAUAUUUGUACAGAACCAUGCAUAGUACAUGGAAAUACACCAAACUAUCUGAAUAUCAAACAAACAAUUAUUUCUGAUUGUUCAUUUAUAGCAAGUUUGGCUGUAAGUGCUUCUUAUGAGACAAGAUUUGGGAGGAAAUUGGUCACUUCAAUUAUAUAUCCUCAAAGUAAAGAUAAAAAGCCGCUAUAUAAUCCAUUUGGAAAAUAUAUGGUAAAACUCCAUAUCAAUGGUAUUGCUAGGAAAGUUAUAAUAGACGAUUAUUUUCCUAUUAGUAAAUAUGGACAGCUACUUUGUUCGUACUCCAGUAACAAAAAUGAAUUUUGGAUAUCAAUUCUGGAAAAGGCUUACAUGAAGGUAAUGGGUGGCUAUGAUUUUCCUGGAAGUAAUAGUAAUGUUGAUUUGUAUGCACUGACGGGAUGGAUACCUGAGAGAAUGUCCCUCAAAGCAGAAGAUUUCAACAAAAAUGCUCUCUUUACAAGUUUAGAGUCAAGAUUGGCAAAAGGAGAUGUUUUAGUUACUGUGGCAACAGGGGAACUUUCAGACAAUGUUGCUGAAAGAAGUGGACUUGUAGCUACUCAUGCCUAUGCUGUAAUGGAUGUUAGAACAGUUAAUGGGGUUAGGUUGUUGAAACUCAAAAACCCAUGGUCGCACUUGAGAUGGAGGGGGAAUUAUUCUGAAUUAGACACUGUGCAUUGGACUCCAGAAUUACAAAAUCUUUUGCAUUAUGAUCCAAGUUGUGCAGCACAAUUUGAUAACGGGGUGUUUUGGAUUGAUUAUGAUAGUUUAUGUGCCUUUUUUGAUGUAUUUUAUAUGAAUUGGAAUCCGGAGUUAUUCAAGUAUACUUAUUGUAUUCACUCUUCAUGGAAUGCUGGGCUCGGUCCAGCUAAAGAUUUGUAUUCGGUUAGUUCAAACCCACAAUUUUCAAUAGAAGUCAGCUCAACUUCCUCUUCGGCUGCCGUUUGGAUAUUAUUAACUAGGCAUAUCACUGAUAUCGAUGACUUCAGAGAAAAUAAAGAAUAUAUCACUGUGUUUGUUUAUCAGACCAAUGGCAAAAAAGUCUAUUAUCCUUAUGAUCCACCACCAUACAUCGAUGGAGUCAAAAUAAACAGUCCUCAUUACCUCUGUAAAUUAAUAUUGCAAUCAACAAGUCCAAGAAGGUACACCAUUGUGAUAUCACAGUAUGAAAAAUCUCAAACAAUUUACUACACACUGAGAGCGUAUUCGACUUGCCCUUUCACUUUAACCAAAAUCGAAGACCAUUAUAAAUAUGAAAAACAGUUAACUGGAGAAUGGAAAGGAUUUUCUGCAGGUGGCUGCCCUAAUCAUCCUAUAACUUACAAGAACAAUCCAAAAUACAGACUCACACUUGGUUCGCCAACAAAUGAUAAUAAGAUUUUGGUGGAGCUAAAAGGGCCCAAACAGUACCAAAUUGGAUUUGACGUAACAAUCAACAAAAUAGACGACCAUGAUAGUUUUACUGCACCUUUUAAAUCCAAAUCAUCAGGAGCUUAUAGAUCUGGCUAUGUUGUAAUGGAGUUGGAUAAUAUACCAGCUGGUGUUCUCAUUUUAGUACCGUCCACAUUUUUACCAAAUCAAGAAGGGCCUUUCAUCUUGUCGGUGAAAAGUACAUGUUCUAUCGAUUUAGUACCGCUUUAAACUGUCGAUUUAGAAUAUUGAAUUAAAUGGAAGCAUCGAAGUUUUUAACACCAAUUUUUAACCACUCUACUGCCUGUGAUCACUGAAUAGAUAUAAAUUUUCAUGAAUUGUAUUGAAGUUAUUUGUAAUAUUGCUUUUAAUCGAAUAUUUUAUUUGCUGUUAUUGAAAUAAAUUUUUAUACAAUUAA